CUUGUGAGUGACUUGUGAUAGAUGACGAGGCCUAAUAUUUGACUGUCCUUUCUUUUUUAGCAAGCUAAGGACGCGGCUAGGGCGUCAGGGAAGAAGAAGGGGACGACUCUGUCCCAGCUGAAGAAGAGAGCUGUGCCGGCUGGCUCGGAGACUCCGAGUACCUUCAAGAAGCCAAAACCCCUACCUCGCCGUCUCGUGAAGAAAGACGAGUCGAAGGUUGCUGAGGGGGGAUGCCCUGAUGACGAAGAGAUGGGCGUGGACAAGCCGUCUCUGGUGGUGGACUUGGUGGAGGACCCUCUUUCGGGAAUCCCGGCCGACGUCCGCUCUCAGAUACCGGCGGAGGUGGCCCGCCGAGCUAGGUCUUCGGGCGCCAAAGACAAAGGGAAGGAUGCAGCUGCUGCCGAGGAUGAGAACGUACCUGCUACUCCCCACUAUUCGUCAAAGGAUAGGGUGGCUAUAUGCCGCAAGGUUUUUAAGGCCGUCCCCGCAGAGUAUGUUGCUUCUCUUCCUGGCCGCAAGACUGACGCCCAGUUUGGUGCGAUCCAGGCCACUCUUCUCGACUUGUUCUGCCGCAUGGAAUUCUGCAAGAGCUGGAAGACCCGCACUGCUGAGGAGCUCAAAGCUCAGGUGGCUGAGUCCACCCACCAUGGUGACUAUGCGUUCAAGUCCAUUGAAGAGGUCCGCCUGCAGAUGCAGACGACCAUAGACCUUCAAGCGAAGGAGGUGGCUGCGUUGAGAUCUGACAAGGCCGAGCUGCUUAAGAAGAUCUUGGCGCAGGACAAGGACAUGGUGGCAAUGGUCGAGGAGGCCAAGACAGCGGCGGCGGAAAUACGGGCGCUUCAGGACCAGUUGCGGGAGUACCCUCAGGUCAAAGAGGCGGCUGAGGAAGCCGAGCAUCUUCGUGGGGAGCUAGAGACGGCCAGAUCGCAAGUUCGCACCUUGCGUGAGCGUCUUCUGGAAUCCUAUGAUCAGGGGGAACAAGCGACCAAGGACGCUGUUAAGCACGCCUGGGAGAGCCACAUGUCAGAGUAUGAUCUUGGGUGGUUCCAGCGGCGAAUGGAGCACAGUGCCGCUGUCUUUGUGAAGGGUAGUUUGAGCGGCUUAUCGGUGUAG